UGUUUGCACGCAUUUCCAGCUUCUUACUAUUUUAUACCUAUUCUUUCUUUUAUACCUUUUAUACCUGUUUUAUACCUCAGCAGUGAAAGACGAACCAUGGGUUUCACUGCAUGUGGGCUACAGCAGAAAAGGACUAAAAAAAAGAAGACCAAAUAGCUGAACCUCAGUUCUACUACACUAACUGUUAAAAUUGCAUGAAUGAUUUUGGGUGAAAUCCGGAGUCACACAUUGCCUGAUGUGUCAAAUAAAAAAAAAAACAUAAUUCCCACAGUAGAAUUCCCACCCGGGGGUGGGUGGGAAAUGUGCUUUACUCUGAUUGGUCGAACGUAAAACCACACCAGAUUGAUUUUUGGCAAGAGGAGUGAUCGGCGUUCUGAACAAUUUGAAUUUCUCUCCUGUUUGUCUUCCUCUUUUGCGCGACUUCAAUUAAUCACUUGUCUCUCACGUCCAGCCGUGAAAAUACAAACGGAUCAAGCGCUCUGCCCGUUCAGCACCAUGGACAGCGCAGGAAGCGCCGCAGUGUCCAAGCGUUGAUUCAACCGGUGGCUUCACUGGCGGCGGCGGCAGCGGCGGCGGCGGCAGGAGUGUGGUGAAGAGUGAAAAAGAACGAUUUAUGUUUGUAAAGGAGUGCAUUGAUGUUUUCUGGAUAACUUGGACAAGUGUUUUUUUUCCACCUUCCUUCCAACACGGAGCGUCUCCAACAAUUCCACCGUGAAUGUAGGCGUGCCCCUGGAUCUGGAUAUAGAUGAGUGGCUGCUUUUAAAAAAAGGGAAAGAAAAAAAAAAGAAGAAACCAACACGCGCUGAUCCUUGGUGUGGAGUAGGUAUAUUGCGGUGCCGUGGUGCCUGCACAAGAAACCCUCCAUUUAUAAGGAUGCUGGUGGGAAAUGCCUGGAGACGGAGAUGACGAGAUUUGUCAAAAGGCGCUCGAACUCCUGUCAGAUCUCUGUUCCAGGGGGGAAGUGCAGAACGAAAACUGCCUGGAUUUUAUCUACUAUUUCCGAGACCUCGCCAGGCCACGCUACCCGGAUUCAGAUAUAUCUGUGAGUCUGCUGUCACUGGUCGUGACUGCCUGCGGCUUGGCCUUGUUUGGCGUGUCUCUCUUCGUCUCUUGGAAGCUCUGUUGGAUACCAUGGAGGGAACGCGGGCUCUCACCCACCACCAAGGAGGCUCAUGCACACAUCAACCCAACAAUGAGCCCCCUACUGACACAGUCUGCACCCAGACAGCCAGUUUACACAGCCGUGGAUCCUCCAGCGCACAACCGCCGUGAAUCCUCCCACUGCCCCACACUUGCGAAGGAGCCCACGCCGGUGGCAUCUGUCGUAUCAGUGGAAGCACCUGUGACUCCCAUGUCCCCACCACCCGUCAUGGCCACACCUGAGGCAGCUAUGAAAAUCAGCCACACGUCCCCUGACAUCCCAUUGGACGCCCAAUGUAAAAGUCGUGAAAAUGGGGUUCACACCAACCCUCGUAUGCAACGACAAACCACAGAACCUUCAUCUUCUGGGCGUUCCAUGUCUGAAAUCGGACAUGCCACCAUCCGUAGACAUAUGAACUUAUCUAACCCAGACUUUAAUGUGGCCCAGUUUCAAAGACAGGAUUCCCUCACCGGAAUGGGACUGGGUCUAGGCCGUCUUAAACCCGAGCUCUACAAACAGCGCUCCCUUGAGGGAGAUGAGGGCAGUCGUAGAGGAGGCGGAUGCGGACGCCUCCAUUUCAUCCUCAAAUUUGACUGCGACCUUGAACAGCUAAUAGUUAAAAUCCACAAAGCUGAGGGCCUCCCAGCCAAGGACUUCUCUGGCACCUCUGACCCUUAUGUAAAGAUCUACUUGCUUCCUGAUCGCAAGACCAAACACCAGACCAAGGUGCAUCGCAAAACACUAAACCCCGUGUUUGAUGAGGUCUUCCUUUUUCCUGUGGCAUACUCUGAGCUUCCAACACGUAAGCUGCACUUCAGCGUCUAUGACUUUGAUCGCUUCUCACGCCAUGACAUAAUUGGCCAAGUGGUUGUGGACAACUUCCUGGAUUUGGCAGAUUUCCCCAGGGAGACAAGGCUCUGCCGCGAAAUCCAGUACGUCUCCUCGGAUAACGUGGACCUCGGGGAUCUGAUGUUUUCACUCUGUUACCUGCCCACUGCCGGCAGAUUGACUAUUACCAUGAUAAAGGCACGCAAUCUCAAGGCUAUGGAUAUCACUGGUGCAUCUGAUCCAUACGUGAAGGUUUCACUAAUGUGCGAUGGUCGGAGACUGAAAAAGAGGAAGACGUCGACGAAGAGGAACACUCUGAAUCCAGUCUAUAAUGAGGCUAUUGUCUUUGAUGUCCCUCCAGAGAGCAUCGAGCAGAUCAGCCUUCUGAUUGCAGUGAUGGAUUAUGACCGUGUCGGCCAUAAUGAAGUAAUCGGUGUGUGUCGAGUUGGCAACGAUGCAGACAACCUCGGACGAGACCACUGGGGUGAAAUGCUCACAUAUCCCAGAAAACCUGUCGCCCACUGGCAUCCACUUGUUGAGUACCAGGGGACCUCAGGAAGUAGCCAGGGAGGAUCCUGUAACUCUCUGAAGACACCCCCAUCUCCAUAACCUCGAGUGACAAUCCCCACUAGAGAUAGAAUCGACCUGAAGCCUGGGCUGUGGCCCUGGACAGCAGUGCUCCCGAAGGAUGCACACCGAGUCCUAAAAAAAGAACGCUGACAUUCAUAAAAAAGACAGUCAGAGCUGUGCUGAGAUCCAGUCACUGGCAUCAGUUGCAUGUUGAAUUGAAUGACUGUUAAAGUGGAUGUUUUCAUUGCUAUAAUAUUUAAUAAGAAAAAAAACCCAUCAGACACAUGCAGACAUCCAAACUCUGGACUAUUCCUGGGUUUCGUCGUGACUGUUUUUUUAAAGCAUUGUCUUGUUAUGUGUUCCGAUAAGGUGAGUCUAUAUUUGCACAAUGUACUAACAACCAGUUGAACUGCCAUCCUUUCUUAUUUUAAAUUUAGUGGUGACUUGGUGCAUGAGGUCUUGUUUUGGUGGGAUAUCUUGUCCUCGGUUGUUUGUGUCUACUUUGGGAAAACAAUGUGUUGUUCUGUCGGUUCAUGUGCAGUGAUGGUCGAGUUCAUGAAAAAAGUUCCUGUGAGUUAAAAAAAUGUGUUCAAUGUUUUCAACUAAGAAUAUUCCUUAUGAAAAAAAACAUGGUUGAUCUUGGCCUGUUUGUAAAGAGGCAAUACAAUAAAAUGGUGUCAUUUUUCUCUGUAGCUUUUGUCAUUUGCUUUUUUCCUAGACAGCGUUCCCCGGCGUGUCUGUGUCGGCCCCAAUUAUUCACUGUUUCAGCUUCUGCCACUGAAUUCUUUUCAGGAUCGGGAGGGACAAAAGAGCCACAAAAACAGUUUGACCAUUUGACCGUGAAAAUUUCAACACGCAGGCAAUAAUUAAUUCCAACAAAAUAGGAAAUACAACCCACUCACUACAAUCAUCUACCUAAAAAAGAAGGCCUGAUCUAGAGGACACAGCCAUCCUGCUGUUUUGCCAUUAGCAAGCAAGCAAAAAAAUUAGUGUGACAUGUAAAACUGGUUUAACCUUCAACACGUCGGCACCAACAGCGAGGAUAAAUAUUUCAAAUGAAGUAUUUUCAUUGGCAGUUAAUAUUUCUUUGUUCCAUAAACAAUGAAUCAACAUCCCUCAAAUGUUUUAACCAGUAACUAUAGCAAUCCUGCACUAGUGACUCCCGGCUCCCUAAGACCAAUAAAAGUUGCCUGCUAACAGCUCAUUUCUCCUGAUGGCUGUAAGCAGUGUACACAGUAACUGGCCCGACCGACCUCUACAGCACCCCUGCCAUACUUUCACCCUGCAUUUGUGGAGAACAGCCUGGUAAUUGGCAGCCUUCAUUUCAUGGCCUCAGUAAUUCUUCCUCCUCCGGGGUUGGUAAUUUGAUUAUGAUGAUUUUCUUUGCCUCAUUUGAACACAGUACAAUGUCUGGCCUAAGAGCUGCCUGAACAACAGGCCUUCGCAAACUCUCAUCUAAUAGUACUAAUAGUAUAGAGCAUAUUUUACUGUGUACUAUCAGCAAGAAGGUCUUAAUAUUGGGGCU